AUGAUGCACACUGGUGAGAAUCCAUGGAAGUGCGAUCUCUAUCCUGCAGAGUUCAACUGGAAUGCGCACCUACGGCUUCACAAGCGGACACACAAAAGGGAGAAGCCAUACAAGUGUGAUGUCUGCCCUGCAACGUUCAGCCGGAGCAGUGACCUGCAGUUCUAUAAGAGGACACACACCGGUGAGAAGCCAUACAAGUGCGAUGUCUGUCCUGCAAGGUUCAGCCGGAGCGGUCAUCUACGGGAUCACAAGUGGACACACACGGGCGAGAAGCCAUACAAGUGUGACCUUUGUCCUGCAGAGUUCAUCCGGAAUACGCACCUGCAGCAUCACAAGAAGAAACACAUGGGGGAGAAGCCAUAA